CGCCGCUGCCAAGCGCUGUCCGCCCCACAGGAGAAGGAGGACGCGCUGAAGAGGGGCCAGUUCUUCCUCAACAGCCGUCUGGGGGGGCUGGUGUAAAGAGAGAGAGAGAGAGGGGGAGGGCCAGUGUGUGACUGUCCCUGGCCAGAGAGGGGUGAGUAAGGUAUGGCAGGAGUGAACGGGGAUCGGAAAGGCAAGAAAGAUGACAAUGGCCUGGGCACUGCCAUCGACUUUGUCCUCUCCAACGCCAAGCUGGUGCUCGGAGUGGGCGGGGCAGCCAUGUUGGGCAUUGCAACGCUGGCAGUCAAACGAAUGUAUGACCGGGCCAUCAGUGCCCCCUCCAGCCCCACGAAGCUGGAGCCGUCGGGCAAGCGCAGCUGGGAGGAGCCCAGCUGGCUGGGGUCCUCUCCACGCACCCUCAACCGCGACAUGAAGUCCACGGUCAGCCGCUCGCUACAGACGCUGCCCACCUCUGCCAACUCCUUCGAGCCAGACCUGAUGCGUCGUGCUGCGGGUCGCAGUGCCCACGGGCAGGUGGACAUGGCGCGGGCCCGAAUGCGCCUCUCCCUGCAGGAGCACCUGUGGGCGUUCUUCCGCGAGCGCGUGGCCAUCCCCGCCGAGGAGCAGGCCGUGGCUCGCCGCGCCGCCCUGGACAUCUGCUCCGAGCUCCGCGUCUUCCUGCACGCCAAGCUGCCCGACAUGCCGCUCCGCGAGAUGUACCUGAGCGGCAGCCUCUACGACGACCUCCAGGUGGUGACCGCCGACCACGCCCAGCUGAUGGUGCCCAUGAUCCUGGAGAAGAACCUGUGGUCGUCGGUGCCGGGCGAGGACACCAUCAUGAACGUGCCCGGCUUCUGGCUGGUGCGGCGGGAGAACCUGGAGUACUUCCCGCGGGGCAGCAGCUACUGGGACCGCUGCAUGGUGGGCGGCUACCUCUCGCCCAAGAGCGUCCUGGAGGUGUUCGAGAAGCUGGUGGCCGGCACCAUCAACUGGCCGGCCAUCGGCAGCGUGCUGGACUACGUGAUCCGGCCCGUGGUGCCGUCGGAGACGCUGACGCUGGAGGUGCAGUACGAGACGGACCGGCGCCUCUACGUGGACUUCCUGCCGCUGCUGGUGAUGGAGGACGGCGCGUCGCUCAUCGCCAAGCCCCACCGGCUGGCGGCCGAGCGCCACGAGAACCUGUGGCGCCAGAGCUUCCGCGUGGCGGAGACGGCGCGGCUGCGGGCGCUGGACCAGGAGGACGGCGGCUGCCGCGGCGCCUGCCUGAAGGUGGCCAAGGCGGCGUGCAAGCUCAACCCGGCGCUGGGCCGGCUCAACGCCAGCCAGCUGACCAACGCGCUGCUGCUGCUGAGCGAGCGCGAGGGCGACUGGACGCAGGAGGCGCUGGCCGACCGCUUCGUCGGGCUGCUGCGCGCGCUGGUGGGCCACCUGGAGGCCGGACGCCUGCCCUGCGCCCUCUACCCGCGCGUCGACCUCUUCUGCGAGCUCACGCCCGCCGAGGUGGACGAGCUGGGCUACACGCUCUACUGCGCCCUCUCCGACCCCGAGAGCCUGCUCAGGACUGACCCGCAGGCGAGCGGCCAGCCGUAAGCGCGGCGUCUCGAGGUGCUGCUGCUGCUGCUGCUGGUGCGUACCGCGUCUGUUGCCGUGGAAACGGGCCGUGACGGCGCCAGCCUUAAAGCUUAGAAACAUCGGACUCGUUUUGUACUGUGGUUGGCUUGCGCCCUGGUACAGCUCACACUAAAAGCAGCCACCCUGCAGGAAGAGCUAGGCAACAUCUGUGACCAGCCCAUGUAAAUGUCUAUGGGAGUCAUCACAGUGCCCUCUUCUGUAUUCUAAAGGUAAUGCAAUAGAAUCAUACUUUCUUGUAAGAAGAACCAUGUAAAAGAAUAAAAAGCCCCCUCAGUCAACUGAGAAAGUAGCAGAGGCCCCUUUGUGUCCACAGAAAACACCAUUCUGAGGUUAAUCAGAAUCUCAUGGAUCGCUCACCCUUUCUUUUCUACAUGCAUCACCAUCUAUAUUUUGUACUGAUGUUUUAAAGAUCUGCAGUAGAAGCAAUCGCAGCUAUAACCAUGCAACGGGACACUAUGGGGGUACAACGCUGCCUAAUUUGUAUGACCUUUUGACUUCCAUGCGCCCUCAUAUCAGUUACACACACACACACACACACAGCAGACACACACUGUGAUGAGUGAGUGUUUUGUGCACUGUUUCUGUCCUGUGUUGUGAGAGCUACUGGAGAUGUGAAGCGCUAUGUAUAUGGAGAUCUUCGAAUAUUUAAUCUAUGACAAAUUCCGUAUCGAUUGAUUGAUGAUUGGUGUGAGUUUGCUGCACAGAUGAUGGAGCUCUUGUGUCCUCUCAGUGGUCUGCCAUGGGCUGAGCGAGCUCGUGUUGUGGUAUAUCUUUCUGGUCCUGCACAGGCUUAGAAGAGAAGCUAUUUUAAACUGUUCCAUGUUUUGUCCGUGUCUUUCAAAGGCGUGCCGGCGCCUGUAUGAGAUGACAAUGGAAGCUACGUGGCUAGGAACGAUGUUGUCACUUUUCUCCCGUGACUGGGUGCCUCCCGUCUUACCCGCAGGCGUUUGAUUAGUCGAAUUCCUCUCGGUGACCUGGGAGGCUCAAGAAGUCAGGAGGAGAGGACUUGCUUGUUUACAAGCUCUGAGACGGGUCCUUGUUUCCCAGAAAGGGAGCUAGUGUUGAGUGUCUGUGGGGCUUUUGGGUCGGACUCAGGCUCUUCAGUCUGGUCUUUCUGUUGGCCUGAGCCACCACAGCUGUCCAAUGACUUGAUUCUUUUUUUUUCCUGUUUCUUUGCUUUUUUUUUGUCCAAACUUUUUCUUUCCUUUUUUUCUGAAGUUAUCGCUUCAGAGCUCGUCUCUUAAAAUGAAUAAACUGAUAUUGAUUACACCAGUCUCUUGACAUUCUUGAGAGCAGAGGCAUCACCUCUCUCUCUCUGUCUCUCAGUACUCUACAGUUCUACAUAUGUAGCACUAUUCAUUCUUUCUUUUCCCCUUCUUUUUUAUAUGCACUAGUGUGCAGAAUUGCCCCGAUUUACUUAUUUUAAUAUCAAAUGUUUCUAAAGAUUAUAACACACAACAGAAGGCAAGUCGCUUUUCUUUUGCCUGCAACAAGACAUUAGAAUUGCAGUAGCAAACAGCUCUUUUCUCCUUUAUUACAUCAAAACCGAAUAAGAAAAUUGAGCGAGUGAUCGGCCCCAAGCUCCCCUAAUCACUAAACGGCGAGUCAUUUUUUUUAUGACCUUCCAUCUAAUCAAAUUUGUGGAGAAUGUGAGAUGACAAUGUGACACUGGCGCUCUUUCCCUGGUCGGGUGAUAAGAAUGCCUUGUGAGUGGGAUGUGAAUCAUUAGUAUCAUGUGAGUUUACAGAGCAUGGGAGGAAGGGGGGGGGGCUGCCUGUAGCUUUCUGUUCAAUUGUGUAGAGAGAAACAUCGCAAACAAAUGUAGAUCUCUCCCGUGUAGAAAAACAAGCAGGCAACUUUUCAUUUGUCCACCGAUGUCUGUUUUUGUUUUCUUUUUUUAACAUAACUUAUUUGUGGUUGAGCGUAGGUGAAAUGUUUUGCUUGUGUCGGUGGUUACGGGAAGGCUAAGGUCUGAACUUAGGGACUUUGUUGUGCAUCUGUAAACAUGCCAAGAAAGAACUUGUGUAUACUACGAAACAAGAUAAAUAGUACGUCGAUCCUAAAGCCUAAGUUGUGUUAAUUGACAAGCCAAGACAAAAGCUUGUGGCUUUUGCGUUGUUGCUUGCCACAAUUGAUAAUUGACCAUUUUUACACAACCCCCUCCUCCCCCCCCCGAACAUUCUGUCUGUGAAAUGAGAACACAUUUCAGGCUUUAUGCUGAAACAUACUAAACUCACUUCCUAGUAUACUUCCCGGGUGACUGAUAUUAUUAUCCUUGCUCUGUCACACAUUGACACUAAAAAAGACAGCAUAUUUUGUCUUUCUGCUCUGGUUAUGCAUGGGGAAAUAAUAAUUAACGGACGUGGCUGAGACCGGGUUUGUUUCAGCUGGAACCAUCAUGCUCAGAAUUGUCACAAGACCGACUGCUUUGUCCAUUUUUAGUAUUUAGCCUUUGUUCAGUAGCAGAACGUUUGCAUUCAGUGCAGAACCUGUGUGGUAGAACCACUCUGUUACUCCUCCUUUAUGCUUUAGAACAAAAAAGAACUCAGUUGCCUUCCAUUCAUGACCUCAUUUGCCCACACACAUUGUUGACACCUGAAAAGGUAUACAGCUUUUUUUUCUGUUAUUAUGAAAACAAAAGCCACUUCUCAUAGUGGCCCUUCAGGACCAGGUUUCUGUUACGUCAAUGUUGCACAUCUGGGGUGGUAAAUAGAUUUUUGGAUGAACUAAAUGGUUCAUAAGUCACCCAAGACAAGGGUUGCCUUAGUGCAGGGUGCUGGGACAUUUCUCUCGAUAUACUCCAGUAGUCAGCCAUUUCAGAGAAGGUGUGUGGGAUCUGCUUUUUGCCAUAGAAAAAAAAUAAAAAAAAUAAAAGUAAAACAGUAAUACAGAUGUACAUGAUAUGUGUGAGGAGUUUUAGUAUUUUUGUAUUUAUUGUAUACUUGUAACCAAAAACAUGACUCACUGAGUAAGAACAGUCCUGUGAGAAACUACUAUGUCUUUAUGUGCUAACGAGUGAAAGCCUCAUGUACAUACAUAGUACACACAUUGGGACGCAUAGUCAGUAGGGGGACUGUGUGUUGAUAGAAGAAGAGUGUCCAUAAUGUGUAUGUGUGUGAGUUACAGGAAGCCUUUUGUCUCUUGCGAGCUACAGUGUGUUGCAGUAUUGUGUACAGGUUACUCUACAUUUUAAAGGUGCAGGAAGUAGUUUUUGUUGGCCAAAUAAUGAAAAUGCUUUUAGACUUGAUGUAAUUUUGACGGCAUGAUUAAAAGUGUUCCCUAAUAUUACGGUGCACUUUAAACAUUUUGUUUCGAUUCCACCCUGUUCUAUUCUCUACGUACCAUUACAGUCCAUUAAAAAAUCGUCAUUCAAAAGAAUAACGUACUUCAGAGAUUGAGAUCAAUCAUUACAGUGGGUGUAGGAGCAUUUUCAGUCACACAACAAAAGCUACUGACUGCACCUUUGACCAACAUUUGUUUCUCUUGCAUUCAUCUGGCCCAAAGCAAGGCAUCUACCUCUGCCUGGUGCAUCUUAGCGUGGCCAUGGACUUGCAUGCAAUGUGUCUGUUUUCUUACUUUCUGAUGUUUUUGGUGGUUUUAUUUGUACAUCUGUUUUGUUCUUUUUGAUUUUCUAAUUUCUGAAUGGAAUGAAACACCAAGCACUUUGUAUAUCCAAAUAAAUGGGAUGGCAGAUAGCAAAAACA